CCUUAAAAACAAGAAUAGCACUUAUGGUCCUACAAAAUCUUGGUAAGAUCCCCAGGAGGUAUCAAACCUUAAUAAUGAGGUAUGUUUACCUUUUCAGCCUUCCUGUUAUUUAGAAUCGGUCAAAACUCACCGCAAACUGCUAUUAGGUUCGGCAGUGCAAUUAGGCUUAAAAUUUGAAACCGAGAAAGCUUUUCUGAAGUUUUCUAGCUAAGCCAUUUCUCAUGUACUUUACUCUUUUGAAUUCAAGAGAUCAUUUGUGGUUUCCAGUAUAGAAAGGACGAGGAAAAGAAAGAGAGUGGGAUGCCAAAAUAUAAGCAAUUUCUAGCACACUCAACAAGGAGGAUUAGCAUUCCUUCUCUUAACUAAGGCAAAUUGAUGAACUAAUGGGUGCAGGUGUCAUAAGUGAAUCAAAAUACUAUGAUCCUCGAAAAUACCAGCUAAUCAGAUGCCUAGAAAGUGCUCCCUGCCUUUAAAAGCUUCCAUUAUGUGAGCUAUCUAGGACAUACAAAGAGAACUCUGCUAAGAACACUGAAAUAGUUAAUCUAUCUCCAUUUUUAAUAUCAUAAUAAUAUUGGUACAUUAGCUACUAUCAACAAUGUUAAUAUUUCUAUCAGCAGCAUGAUCAGGUGUCUUACAUCAGAUAGCAUAUAGCUGAAGCUAGUUCCAACUAAGAAGGCCAUUUGAAUAUCUCUUGCAUUAUUAAUUCUGAACUAGUUUUUUUUUUUGGGUACUGAACUAGUUUUAGUUGUACACAGCUUUCUAAAGCUUAUAAGUCGUCAUAAUUCCCCUCUCCUGCCCUGUCACACAAUAUCCAUCAUUUCAUUCUCCUAUCUAUUCUUCUUUGCCUACUAUCCAACUUCUCUAAUUCACUUGCAGAAAAUAGCAAACCCCAGAGCAGUGUGAUCCUUGGUCUUAGCCAUGUUAGAUCUCUCGCUGCUCCAUCCAUGGGGCUAGCAUACUCCACAAAAUUUGACUUCUUGGACAUCAUAGAGCCAAUAGCAACAUACACAGAUGGCUACCUUCUGUCCCUUAACCUUGGCACACCCCCACAGGUUUUCCAAGUGUACUUGGACACAGGGAGUGACCUGACCUGGGUUCCCUGUGGCACCAACACCAGCUACCAGUGCCUGGAGUGUGGCAAUGAGCAUAGCAUCUCAAAGCCAACUCCAGCCUUCUCCCUUUCACAAUCUUAUUCAAGUACCAGGGACCUGUGUGGCAGUCGCUUCUGCGUCGAUGUCCACAGCUCCGACAACUCCCAUGAUGCAUGCGCUGCGGCGGGGUGCUCCAUCCCUGUCUUCAUGAGUGGUUUAUGCACUAGACUUUGCCCGCCCUUCGCCUACACUUACGGCGGCCGAGCACUGGUCCUUGGCUCCCUUGCCAGGGACACUAUAGCACUCCAUGGCAGCAUAUAUGGCAUUAGUGUUCCCAUAGAGUUCCCUGGGUUCUGCUUUGGGUGUGUUGGUAGCUCCAUCAGGGAACCUAUUGGCAUUGCAGGGUUUGGCAAGGGCAAGCUCUCCCUGCCAUCCCAGUUAGGAUUUCUUGACAAAGGCUUCUCCCAUUGCUUCCUAGGUUUCUGGUUUGCGAGGAACCCUAACAUCACCAGCCCUAUGGUCAUAGGAGAUCUCGCGCUGUCAGUGAAGGAUGGCUUCCUCUUCACCCCGAUGCUGAAGAGCCUCACUUACCCAAAUUUCUACUACAUUGGCCUAGAGGGCGUUACUAUAGGAGACAACGCCGCUAUACCUGCUCCUCCAAGCCUGAGCGGCAUCGACUCUGAAGGCAAUGGAGGGGUCAUCGUCGACACUGGGACGACGUACACGCACCUCUCGGACCCGUUCUACGCGUCGGUCCUAUCGUCCCUCAGCUCGACUGUCCCGUACAACAGAUCGUACGAGCUCGAGAUCAGGACGGGGUUCGAUCUCUGCUUGAAGGUCCCCUGCAUGCACGCUCCGUGCAACGACGACGAGCUGCCCCCGAUAACAGUCCACCUCGGCGGUGAUGUGACGCUAGCGCUGCCCAAGGAGAGCUGCUACUACGCGGUGACAGCGCCCAGGAACUCGGUGGUCAUCAAGUGCCUGCUGUUCCAGAGGAAGGACGACGAUGGCGUUUUUUCCGCUGACAACGACGAUGGUGAAGAUGCCUCCUUCAGCGCCGGUGGCCCCGCGGCGGUGCUGGGGAGCUUCCAGAUGCAGAACGUGGAGGUCGUCUACGAUCUGGAGUCGGGCAGGGUCGGGUUCCAGCCCAGGGACUGCGCCCUUGGCGUUGGCGCCUAGCUGAGCUGCAGCUGAUGGAGCAGCAAUUCGUGGUACGUACGCGCGUGCACAUGUAUGAUGUAUGCUAUCAGGUGUUGUUUGUCUUAAAUUAUCAGAUUGGAGCCACUGUGUGACCACUAUAUGUAUUUGUGAGCGUGUUAUAGUACAAAGUGGCCGUACAAGGUCGCUAGCAGAAAAGAUGGGUCUCCAGUGGAGAGUUCAUGACGAGAAAGCAGCAUGCAGUUCAAAUUGUACCGGGGGGAUGAGUGCUUCUGUUUCAGAUUGAAAAUA